CUCUAACCUGCUUUCCCCUCCGUAUCUCUCACUCCAAAAUUAAUCUUAAAUCAUGUCACACAUCAUAAUCUGUGCUGACUUUUAUUUCUCCCAUUGGACCUGCAGCUCGUCUCCUAAAGGGGCGUGGCAGUAACUGAGCCACCUGACAGGUUCAGGGACUGAGAGGUCAGUGAGCCGUCUCUCUUGGUACCUGUCUCUGUUUACACUCCUUUAUUGAGAAGAUGAAGAAGUUCCUCUCGUUGCUUCUCCUCUGUCAUGUGGCAUCUCCAGACAAACACACAAAGCUUCACUCUGCUGAAUCUUCAGACGGUCACAGUGAAGAUGUUGGCUGCUCUGGUUGUCCUGGUAACAGCCCUGCAUGGCGCUGCGGCAAUGACUCACUCUCUGCAGUAUUUCAGCACUGCAUCGUCUCAAGUCCCAAACUUCCCAGAGUUUGUGGGUGUUGGUUUGGUUGAUGAGAUUGAGAUGGUUCACUAUGACAGUAACAGCAGGAAAGCAGAACCCAAACAGGACUGGAUGAGCGAAGCCACAGCAGGAGAUCCUCAGUACUGGCAGAGACAGACUGAGAGCUUUAUGGGUGCCCAGCGGAACUACAAAAACAACAUUGAAGUUGUAAAGCAGCGCUUCAACCAAACUGGAGGGGUCCACAUGUUCCAGGUGAUGUAUGGAUGUGAAUGGGAUGAUGAGACUGGUGAGGUCAAAGGUUUUUCGUUUCAGGAAGCUUAUGAUGGAGAAGACUUCAUAUCAUUAGACCUGAAGACGGAGACAUGGGUCGCUCCAAAACAAGAGGCUGUCAUCAGCAAACACAGUUGGGAUAAUAACAAAGCUUUAAUGGCUCAGAGAAAGCACUACCUCACCCAGAUUUGUCCUGAGUGGCUGAAGAAGUACGUGGACUCCGGGAGGAGCUCUCUGCUGAGAAAAGACCUUCCCUCAGUGUCUCUCCUCCAGAAGACUCCCUCCUCUCCAGUCAGCUGCCACGCUACAGGUUUCUACCCUGAGGCAGCCAUGAUGUUCUGGAGGAAAGAUGGAGAGGAGCUUCAUGAGGACGUGGAGCUCGGAGAGAUCCUCCCCAACCACGAUGGAUCCUUCCAGAUGAGUGUUGACCUGGACCUCUCAUCAGUCAAACCUGAAGACUGGACCAGGUACGAGUGUGUGUUUCAUCUCUCUGGUGUGAAGGACGACAUCGUCACCAGACUGGACAAAGCAGUGAUCAGGACCAACAGAGUUUCUCCCUCAGAGUUUCCUGCUGCUGCUGUUAUUGGAGUUUGUGUGGGAUUGAUGCUGCUUCUUGCACUCUGCAUCACUGGACUCUUCUUCUGGAAGAAAACAAGAAUGCUUCUGAACAUUCAUCCUCUCCAACUCCUGUGGACAAUGAUCAGCUCCUGACUGAUCACACGAUUCAGUGAAGAUUAGAAGAAGAAGCGUAACUCCAGUGAAGUGGUUGGGGCAUCAAUAUUUUAUUAGCUUAUGUUAUGCGACAUAAAUAUGUAUAAACAAAAUUUGUUUACUUUAAAUCUAACUUGUCAAGUGUACAGUAUUCAGAUCUCUUACUUCAGUAAAAGUACUAAUACCACACUGUGAAAUUACUCCACUGCAAGUAAAAGUCCUGCAUUCAAAACUUACUGAAGUAAAAGUACAAAAGUAUCAGCAUCAAAAUGUACUUAAAGCAUUAAAAGUAAAAGUACUCGUUAUGCAGAACCGCAACACUGAGAUUGUUUUAUAUGUUCCAAAUAAUUUAUAUAUUUAUAUGAGCAGUUUUUAAUUUAGUAAAGAUAUGGCUUAUUUUAACUACUUAAUAUACUGUGAUGAGGUUUAAUUUUUUUUUUCAAAGUCUAAGCAUUUUAAAUGUAUCAUGUUUUUUAUGUUACUGAAGCUGGCAGAUAAAUGUAGUGGAGUAAAAAGUACAAUAUUUGCCUCUAAAAUGUUGUGGAGUAGAAGUAUAAAGUUACAUAAAAUGGAAAUACUCAAGUAAAGUACAAGUAGCUCAAAACUGAACUUGAGUAAAUGUACUUAGUUACAUUCCACCACUGCACACAACACACAACCAUGUUUCCAGUGCAGAAUCUUGGGGCUUUUACAUAUCAAAUUCAUGUUAUUCAGUCAUGUGAUCUCUUGUCUUUGGUGAUGAUUAGCAUUGAUGACAUGUCAUGUAACGAUAUGAAGAGAUAAUGAACAUCGAGUGGGUCACUAUCAUGAAAUGAUCUCUGACAUGGUGAUGCUGGACCCAGAGGCAAAGUGGAGGGUGUUGAAUAAGCUUUUAAUUUUUUUUAAUUUGCCACAGCUGUUGAGGAUUUCUUUCUGCGUAUUGAUAUGAUUGGACAUGAUCCUACAGAGUCCAUGAUCAGAACUAUAUCCAUAGCAAGUCUCUAUACAUAGCAACGUUCUGUUAUACCUCUCAACAGUCUGUUGUUCAGAAAUAACAGACCCUACAAUGCCAUCAUCGACCAAUUAGAAUCCAGUAUUCACCAACCACAUGUAAUAAACUUUAUUGCAUAUUGCCAUUUUUAUUUAUUUUUUUGUAAAAUUGAGGUGUCAAUCUAUUUGUAAAAAGUCUAUUUUUUUAAAUUCAAUGGAUGUUUUUUAGGCUAAAUGUGUUCUUUGUCUCAUAUUGUGUUUGAUAAGACCAGAACCAAACAUGUAAAACAUGUUUUAAACACAUAUUAAACAUUUUUCACACACAA